CGAAGGUUGCAGGUGCUUUGAUAUCCAGUAGCCACACGGAACAUCAUGGACUCCGCCGGUAUGAGACACCACGAACCCCAAAAAUGCCAGACUCUAGAUGACCCUACCCAACCCCCAAAAUACACAGUGAAUCUCUCACUUCCUCCUGAAGAGCGAUACAGGCAUAUCGCAACGGGCUUCAAGGACCGUCUCGAGGGUCUUUCCCAGCUAUUCGACGACAUCUUACUCUCCUUCCUCCCAAGGCCGAUCGCGAAGCUCACCCGCCUACUAGCCCAGAUCAUGCUUCGCAGGGUGUACUCAACAGAAGAGACCGCGGAGCUGCGGGGAAUAAGCCAGUCAACCGGCAUCGGAAUGUGGCUCCUCGUAGCUUUCAACGUCCUCCUCGAUCUGCUCAUGGGAUGCACUUCCGGUGGUGUCCGAGUGAAGGAUCCAAGGAGCGAUAAAGGACACAAGUUGGUGCAUUUCAGGACGUUGGAUUGGGGAAUGGAUCCACUGCGUCGUAUCGUCAUCGAGCUGGAAUUUGUUGAGGAGACGGGCGGUGCAGUCGUUGCGAGGUCCAUGACUUACUUUGGCUAUGUCGGUGUGUUGACGGGCGUGCGGCGCGGGCUUAGUUUGUCGCUCAAUUUCAGGCCGCAUCAUGACACGAGUUCGUGGUGUAAGAGAUUCAGCUACGCUUGUCAUCUUAUCCUGGUCCUACUGGGACUGCGCCUUUCCAUCUCGAGUCAUCUCAGGGCGAUAUUGCUGCCACCCAGACACCGGGGAGAGAAUCCGCAGGGCAGAGAGGAAUCCGAGACAGCACGAGACCAGAGAAUACUCGACGAAUUCACGACCGCGCACUCCACUGCGGCGUACCUGGUCUUCUGCACCGGUACUGAGACCAUCACCAUGGAAAAGGACAACGGGACCGCCCUUGUGAGAAGAGCCGAGGACUUCAUAGUCGUGAUGAACCAUGACGAGCAAGACGAGCAGGAACCCAGCAGAGCAGAAGAAUCGGUUCAUAGAGAACAGGUAGAGAUGGAAGUAACCGGCCUGGCUGAUCUAGUUGGAUUCUCAGUGGAACGUAAACAGCGUGCUGUUAAGCUUUGGAACGCAGACACCCGGAGCCCGAAGAAGCAGCGAGCCCGUCGCCAAGUGGGGUCUAUAUCAGGGCCCAUGGUUCGGCUGGAAGAUGUUAUCAGAUGGAUGGAUCCAGAUGUUAGUGAUAUCUCCAACGAGGAGACUCACUAUGGUGUAAUCAUGGAGCCCUCGACCGGCAAGUUCAUCUGGCGGCAGAGAUGGCUUGAGCCAAAGGAAAACAGCGACAUGGAAUAGCGAUCCUGAGAGUAAGUCGUUACUAGCCCUAUAUGUAGCCAACCUCAUGUGGUUGGUGCACUACAUAUUCUGGGAGGCCGAGCAUUGCAUUGUAAACUUUCCACAACUGGCAACCAGAUGACAAAGUGGUGGCGCGAUACGUCGUAUCUUGAAAUUGAGGCAGACAGUCGGCUAAUUUAAUACGAGAAACAUGUAGAUGGAC